CUCGUGCUCAGUGUGUGUUCAACGUUCAGAGGUGGAUCCGGCUGCGAAGUUACGUCUCGCGGCCGCAGCGGCAGCGGCACGUUGUUGUGUAAUGAAGUGUUUGUUUUAAAAAGGAUUUAAAAAAAAAAAUUAAAAACCACUCGAUGGCGGACAGAUAUCCGCGGUGACGCGACCCUCCGCCGACAGAUUGUCCACAUGAGAAGCGAGACACCUUGGAGGAGACGACGGAGAGGAGCCGCCGCUCGUGUCGGGACCAGUCUUCGUGUGUGUGUGUGUGUGUGUGUGAUUGUAGGGUUUUUUUGGGUUUUUUUCUCAACCCCCGACAGAUUUCGGCAGUUUCACGGGACGCUGGUGAGUGAACAACAUUUUAACGGAUGUGAUGUUUGACAGCUAAGACGAGUCCGUCCACGGCAGGAAUGAUGGAUAAGAGACACGGUUGGCUGUGGAGUCCUGCUCUCCAACACUCAGGCUGUGGGUCCCAGUGAGGGGUCCCAGCCCACACCCGCCUGCAUCCUCCUGGCCCCCGUGAGGCCUUCCUCAGCAUCCCGGCCGUCUUUCUUGCCCUCUUCCUUCUCUGCCUGACCAUCAAGCUUGGUCUAACGGACUUUUACUGAAAUUUUAAGGCGUGCAGCAGGCACCCCGGAGUAUAAUCUCAUGUCUUCCUGACUCACAACAAACACACCCGGCAACCAUGAGGAACACCAGGUCGAACCUGCUGCUGGGCUGCGUGCUCCUCUGCUCCGUCUCCCUGCUCUACCUGGGCAUGAGCGGGAUAGAGUGCCCCGCGAAAAGCCAUCGGUACCGCUGGAUGGAGCUCAACAUGGCCGCGGCCAAUCGGAGCCUAUCCCUCAACGAACACUUCCCCGAAGACACGCCGCUGAUCUUCAUCGGAGGCUUUCCCCGGAGCGGCACCACGCUGAUGCGCGUCAUGCUGGACGCCCACAACGCCGUGCGGUGUGGGGAAGAGACUCGGGUGAUUCCCCGCCUCCUGGCCAUGCGGGCCACCUGGAGUCGCUCGGUUAAGGAGAAGAUACGAUUGGAUGAGGCGGGCGUCACCGACCAGGUGUUGGAUUCAGCCGUGCGAGCGUUCCUGUUAGAGGUGAUAGUGGGCCAUGGGGAGCCAGCACCUCGCCUCUGUAAUAAAGACCCGUUCGCCUUGAAGUCGCUCUCAUACCUGGCACGCAUCUUCCCAAAAGGGAAAUUCGUGCUCAUGCUACGAGACGGACGGGCCACCGUCCACUCCAUGAUAUCCAGGAAGGUGACCAUCUCUGGCUUUGACCUAACCAGCUACAGGGACUGUCUGACCAAGUGGAGCAAUGCAGUGGAGACCAUGUUUGGCCAGUGCCAGGCGGCCGGGACGGGCCGGUGUCUGCCCGUUCGCUACGAGCAGCUCGUCCUCUACCCGGAGGAGGAAAUGAGGAAGUUGCUUCACUUCCUGGACCUGCAAUGGGAUCCGUCAGUGCUGCACCACGAAGAGCUGAUUGGAAAGGCUGGUGGUGUGUCUCUGUCCAAGGUUGAACGUUCGACAGACCAGGUGAUGAAGCCGGUGAACACGGACGCCCUCUCCAAGUGGGUGGGCCACAUUCCCUCCGACGUGUUGAGCGACAUGGCUGAAAUCGCCCCCAUGCUGGCUCGCCUCGGCUACGACCCUCACGCCAACCCCCCCAACUACAUCAGAGCAGAGCCCAUGGCGUCUGCGUUCAACUACUCACAGAGUUUGAGAACGGCAGAAACUCCUCACCCCAGUUAAAGCACUGGAGGGAAACGCCCGACUUCGCUGUCCCUCGACCUGGAUGCACCUUAAACACAGACCAGCUCAGCAGUACUUACACCUCACGUGAACAUUUUUUUGAAAGUGUCCCAUGCGUAUUUUUGAAACGUUUGUAAGACUCCAGUGUUAACGUCUGUUCACGGUUGGAGUCCGACGUGUCCUCCGCAGUGAACGGACGCUGAAACGCUGCAUUUCUAAUGCAUCCUCGAUUCCUCACACCUCGUUACCUGCAAGUAUUUCAACACGUCUGUACGUUGUUAUGGCUUCACCACGAAUGUGAAUGUUUCUCUUUACACAAACCUUUUACUUGACUGAGAUUUCAGCCAAGUGUCCAUGAAGCAUAAUGACUGUAUAUUUUUACAGAUGUACGUUUAUUUUCUUAAUAAAUUAUUUUGGUGUUGAGACCAGUCAUUCAGGAAAUUUGAAAGUUGCUUAUUCCGAAUUAAUUGUUGUAUAUUGUUGAACAUGAAUAAAGAAAUGUCACCUUUA